ACGCUCGGCCUUCUUCACAGGAAGCUGAAGCUGUUGAACAAGCCAAGGAAGGCGGAGGUGGUGGACUUGUACUUGACCACUUGACGAACAGGAGCUCUCGAAUCCAAAACUGUGGGGGAUGGAUGUCAUGGCUGCGGCAACGUUCCUAUCUGCCACAAUCCAGGACUCUCAAGUGAGCAAGGCUCAAGAAGAGCUUCAAUGGCGUCAAUUGUUUGAAGACCCAUCUCUAUGGUGGGACAACAGGAACCACAACCUACAUGGUUCGCAGCACGAUUUCAAGCACGCACAAUCAGGUGCCACGCUCACGAUUGCUUCCUCGUUUUGUCCAAAAUGGGCAAAGCUCGGCCUCAAGUGCUUGAAGGUUUCAAAUUUCAAAGCCCGAGCACAGUACAGAGAUGGUGAGGAGCCUAUCUUUGAGAAGAAAACUCAGAGCACUGACAGUGACGGUACCAGGCAGAGUAAAAGUCGCUCAAAUCAACAUCGCGAGAGCGUCUCCAGCCUAGUAGCCGCAUUGAAAGCCUGCACUGGCUCGAGAAACUGGGCUCGGGGCAUGAAACUUCAUGCGGUUGCUGUGGAAAAUGGAAAGGACUCCAACAUCUUCGUGGCAAGCUCGUUGGUCGGCAUGUACUCGAAGUGUGGACGCAUGGAGGAUGCCCGGAAGGUGUUUGACGGUAUGCAGAAGCGGGAUGCAGUGUCCUGGAACACUGUGAUACUUGGCUAUGCUGAAAAUGGUGACGGAGAAACAGCACUGGAACUCUUUGAGAAAAUGCAAGCAGAAGACCAUUUGUCACCGGACUCUUGGACGAUUGUUUCUGCACUGAAAGCUUGCUCCAGCCUGGCUGCGGCAGAAAGAUCAAGGGAAGUUUUUGGAGAGCUUGUGAAGAUUCAGACUCUGGAGAAAGGAAUGGCUGUUCACAGCUUGGCUUUGAAGAACAGGUGUGACUCGGACAGAUUUGUGGCCAGUGGCUUAGUGGACAUGUAUUCGAAGUGCGGAAGUCUAUCAUCUGCUCGGGCAGUCUUCGACGGUUUCUCCGACAAGGACGUUGCUCUGUGGAACGCAAUGAUCCUUGGAUACGCAGAAAAUGGAAGUGGUGACCUCGGGUUGAAGCUGUUCGUGGAGCUGAUAGAAUCAGAUGUCGAGCCGAACGCUCGGACUUUCGUAGCAGCUCUCAAGGCCUGCACUGAUCUUGCAGCGACAGAACAAUCUAGAAAGUUUGAUGGGACGCUUGUGAAAGCUAAAGCUCUGGAAGAAGGAUUGGCCUUACAUUCUCGGGCAGUGGAGAAACAGCUCGAAGCAGACAUCUUCGUGAGCAACAUGCUGGUCGAUGUGUACGCGAAGUGCGGGAGCAUGGCACUUUCGCGUGGAGUUUUUGACAGGAUGCGGACUCACGACGUGAUUUCGUGGACCGCACUGCUCUCAGGCUACUGUGACAAUGGUGAAGAGGAGGAGGCACUGGAGCUGAUCUCAAGAAUGCUGCAAGAUCCUGGAAGGUGUUCUCCAAAUGCUCGAACGUUUGUGGCAGCAUUUAAGGCCUGUGCGAACUUGGCAGCAAAAGAAGAUGCCCAGGUAGUCGCAGGAAAGCUGGUGAAGAUGGUUUCACUGGAAAGAGGGACGGCUCUUCACGUUGAAGCAGCAAAGUCCGGCUUUGCCUCGGACCUUUUCGUGAGCAACACUCUGAUCGACAUGUACGCGAAGUGUGGUGCUCUUGAAGCUGGCCGCAGUGUUUUCGAGCGCAUGAAAAUCCGAGCUCCGGCAUCUUACAACGCACUGAUGCUGGGAUACGUCGACAGUGGUGAGGCCGAAGAAGCUCUGGCGCUGUUCGAAAGAAUGAGCUGCGAACCAGAUGCGCGAACUUAUGUGGCUGCUCUCAAGGCGUGCACCAUCCUCGCAUCCAGGGAACAGGGCAAAGAAAUCAGUGGCAAGCUUGUCAAGGCGGAGUCACUUGGAAAGGCCAGAGGUCUUUUCGAUCGGGCUGUGAAAGGUGGAUUCUUUCCGGACUUGUUCGUGGCCAACACUCUGAUCGACGUCUUCGCAAAGUGCGGCGACUUGGAAGAGGCUCGCAGGAUCUUCUACUCGAUGAAGCAGCGAGACGUGGUAUCGUGGAACGUCUUGAUGCUCGGCCUGGCCGAGAGAGACCAAGGCAAGCUAGCUCUCGAGCUCUUCGAGGAGAUGAAGUCACAGGCUCAGUGUGAUCCCGACUCCAGGACUUACGUCGCAGCUCUCAAGGCCUGUGCAAGCGUCGGGGCCUUAGAGAUGGGACGAGCUCUCCACGAAGUCAUCCGCGAGCUCGGCCUGGACGAGAGCGAUGGGAUCCUCGCAACCAGCCUGGUGGAUUUCUACAGCCGAUGCGGGAGCAUGAGUGAAGCUCGCGAGGUUUUCGACUCCAUCAAAGCUCCCAAAGACGUGGUGGCUUGGAACUCGCUGCUCGCCGGCUAUGGCAGGCAAGGUGGCGGAGACAAUGCAACAGGCACGAUGCUGGACGUGUUCUCGCAAAUGCGAGAGCGAGGAGUGAAGCCAGUCGGGAUCACUUACCUCUGCCUUCUCACGGCUUGCAGCCACGCCGGUUUGAUCGACGAGGCACAGCGGCUCUUCGACGAGAUGUGGAGUAAGAACGGGAUCAAACCCGGGCUGGAGCACUACCACUGCUUGAUCGAUGCUCUGGGGCGAGCGAACCGGAUCGAGGAAGCACUGGCUAUGGCGGACAGGAUGCCUCACGCUGCGAACUGCGUCACCUGGACGAUGAUCUUGAGCGCUUGCCACAAGUGGAAGAACUCGCGAGUGGGAAGGAUCGCUUUCGACGCGCUCCAGCGGCUGGAUUGCAAAGAAUCCGCCGCAUACGUGCUCAUGGGCAACACAUUGUAGAAAACAAUUUAAAUCUUGAAAGCGCGGGGAAGACAUAUAGUUUGUAGAUGGAACCGUGGUGUUUGUGAAAAGCUCUUCAUCACUCCGGUUCCAAAGUAGAAUCCUCCCACAAUUUAGAGCUCUUCGUAGCAGCAGUCAGCAACCUGGAGAAAUUGGUGCAACAAAUGAUAUCAGGAGGAAGAAAACCGGCAAUGGUGACCAUGACUACUUGAGGAGCUGAGGUGGAAGAUAAUAUUAGGAAGAUCAAGCUCGGCACAAGUUGCCACA